CGCCUCUCGAAUAUUCAAAUCCUCUCUCCCCAAAAGUUUUCUCUCUAAAAAACAAGCCAACAAAAACUCUCAAAAGAUUCGUCUGUACGCGACGGCCCGACCUCGGCAUCCUCACGCACCCUUUCUUCUUCUUCUUCUUCUUCUCUUUAAUCCUUAAAGAAAUCCCAAAUAAAAAAAAUUGAAUCUUUGUUCUGUUCUCUCGUCCUCUCUUGACCUCAACGCAAAUAUAUACAUACAUAUCUGUGCGUGCCAUUACAAGAUCCACUUUUUCCCUUGUCUAAUUCUUGGAGAAAAAGGUGAAAGGGGAAAGCCCAAGAAAAACGGACUGAUAAAGUAAGAAUCUUUAUUGAUGAAGAUGGCAAUUAGUAGCCAUAGCCACAGUAUUUUACCAGAGAAAGUACAGAGUUGUCAAGAUUAUAUUCAGGCUUUGGAGGAGGAACGUUGCAAGAUUCAAGUUUUCCAACGUGAACUCCCUCUUUGUCUUGAGCUUGUCACCCAAGCAAUUGAGUCAUGCAAGCAGCAGUUAUCAGGAACAACAGAGUGUAAUCAAAAUGGCCAAUCAGAAAGCUCUGAGGAGACAUCAAGUGAUUUGCCAGCUUUUGAAGAAUUUAUUCCCAUCAAGAGAGCCUCAUCUCUUUCUGAAGAUCGUGAGGAACAAGAAGCCAAGAAACAAAAGAUGGAUGCUGAUAAUGGUGUUUGUUGUGAUUUAGAUGGUAAUAAUGGUGGUGAGAAGACUAAUAUCAAGAAAUCUGAUUGGCUUAGAUCUGUUCAGCUCUGGAAUGAAAACCCAGAUCUAACAUCCAAUGAGGAUAUACCCAGAAAAGUUGAGGUGAAUAAAGAUGGUAGUAAUGGUGCAUUUCAUCCAUUCAAGAAAGAUAAGGCAGCCACCACUUCACAUAAGCCGCCGGACAAAACUCCGGUGCCGCCAGCAUCCACCAGCUCGACGGCCGGAACUGGUGGCGGUAAUAAUAAGAAGGAAGAGAAAGAAGGGAAUUCUCGAAAGGCAAGAAGAUGCUGGUCGAAUGAGUUGCACCACAAGUUCUUGGAGGCCCUUAAUCAGCUCGGUGGUUCACAUCUUGCUACACCAAAACAAAUUAGGGAGUUGAUGAAAGUUGAUGGGCUAACAAAUGAUGAGGUUAAGAGCCAUUUGCAGAAAUACCGUCUGCACACGAGAAGACCAAGCCCGUCCAUGCAAAACACAGCCACCACCAAUGUCUCCACUCACGCACCGCAGUUCGUGGUGGUGACCGGAGGCCUAUGGAUGCCGCCGGAGUACACCACCGCCGCCAUGGCCACGGAGGCGGCCGAUGGUGCCGCCCCAAACAGAAUCUACGCCCCCAUUGCUACUCUCCCCCCAACAUUUCAAGAAACAUCGUGUGCCGCUAAACAAAGACAACUCAGAAUCACGUCAAAUUCCGGCGACUUAAGUAGUCAUAACGAACAAGAUGGUGUUCGGUCGGAAUCACCGACUGCAUCCUCCUCCACCCAUGCGAGAAGUACUUAACGGACAUUUUGGUUUUUGUUUAAUUUUGAGUUUUUUUUGUGUGAAAAUUUGUAGAAUUAUUGUAGAGGAGAUUAGACCUUUUUUUUGAGGAGGUUGUAUUUGAUGAUGUUGUGCAUGUGGUUUUUGGAUAUUUUUUGUAUAGCAUGCAUUUUUAAUAGUUAUUGUUGGAAUUAUAAACUUGUAUAUGGAGUUCCCGAAUUUGUGGACUAGAUGUGUAAAUGAGUUGAGUCUAGCUCGAGCCUUAUCGAGCUGAGCUCGAUAAACGAACUCGAACUCGACUCAUUUAUCAAUAUUAACGAGCAAAACUCGAGUUUUAAC